AUGAUCAAGAAAUUUUCUUUAAACUUCAUAUCAUCUGAACUUGAAUGCUCUUUUAAAAAAUGGAUGAUUGAACAAAAUCAAUUCAUUUAUGAGACUACUCUUGUCACAAUCACAAUUUAUCUUAUAAUCAAUCUAAUCAAUUACAAUAGCGACGUCAUUUACAUUAUUACAACUUCAAUUUGUCUUUGCAUAGAAUUGACAAUACUAUUCUUCUAUUAGAAAUAUCCUUUUCAAAGAGAGAAAAUCUAAGGCUUGAAUCUCAUAAUUUUUAGUAUUACUCUAAAUAUUUAUAUGAUUUAAAACCAAGCUAAUGACACAUCCAUAGAGAUGGGAAUCAUGAAAUAUAGUACACAAUAAAUUAUUAUAGACAAGUAUUAUAUCUAUAGGGAAAUCGAUUUAGAUGCCAAACUUUGAUCUUGCUUCUUGGUUAUGGAGUAGAAGUUUCAAUAUCUCAAUGGGAUGUAGUUCGAUAAAUAGUAUAUGGUUUAUUUAGAUUAUUUAUUAUUUUCUUUCGUUAUUAGCUUGAGUUGAAAAGAAGAUAACAUUAUUUGGCUUAUAGAUCUUAAUUGUAAUAUGAAAAUUUAAUCGAAGAAUAUUUACCCACUUGGAUAGUGUUGAUUAAAUAUGAUAAACAACAGGGUCAAUUAAAGAUAGAUAAAAUAAAUAGAAUUAUGAGAGAUACUUUUAAUUUCUUGAAUGAUCAAAAAUUUAGAGAAUUCUUAAGAGAUUCAAAUAUUCAACCUCUUGAAGGACCUACUAAAAAAUAAUUUAAUUUUGAAGAGUUAUUAUUAAAAGAGCUUUUGUUUAAAUCUUAAAAUAAUCAAAUUACAAAGUUUGUAGGUUAAUUUAUUAACAAUUAAAAAAAAUGGUAAUUUUAAAUUACCAAAAUUUACUUCAAUUCAAUUGAACCAACUAUUCUAUUAUUAUUUAUAGAAUAAGGAGAAAAUUUAUAUGAAUUCUACAAUCACUAAUUAAAAUGGCGAGACUAACAAUUAGUUAAUCAUAGCAAACAAUGUUUAAAUUAUAUAAAGGAUUAAAUAAAUAUGUUAAAAUUCCUUAAAUAAAAAGCAAAUGUUCAAUAGAUGUUUCAGAUAACAAAUUCCAUUAGUAAUAGUUAUGCUCUUUUUAACUAAAGCUUGAAUAUAUACAAUAUAACUUAGAUAACUUAUAGUAAAUUAAAAUAUAAAAUCAAUGAAUUCUAAUUAAUUGAUUUAAUUAACUAAUUAAAGGAAGAUCUAAAAUUUACUAAUAAUUAGAUAAAAAUGAAUAUAAUAUUGAAAACAGAUAGAUCAAAAAUGAUAUCCAUUAUUCUGAGUAUUUCUGAAUUUAUAAAGAUUAUGUUGGCUAUUAUAUCAAAUGAUGAAAAAGUAUUAUAUGAGUGCCAUCCAUAAGGAUUUCCAAUCUAAAUUAAAUUUAAAAGAAUGAAACAUUAAAGAGGUUGUUUAAAAAUAACAAUGAAACAUCAAAACUUAAAGAUUCCACACUAGAUUUAAGAAGCACUACGAAAAACAUCAUCAUAUACUGAUCAUAAAAAAAGGAAUUGGGGAGUUAAUCACUAUUAUGAAAAUAUCUAAAAUUUAAGUGAUUAGAUUUAAAAUUUUAAUAUAAAGGCCUAGAAAGCAACAAAGAGUCAAAUAUCUUUAUUAGAUAUUGAUUCUUCAUUGUAAUAGAAGAAUUAAGAAAUGUAUUUGAGAGGAAGUACAGAGCCAUUUAGUACUUUGGGCUUACCUUUAGCAUAAUAUUUAGUUUGCCAAUUAGGACCAAAUAAUCAAAUUAAUUUUAAAGAUACUCAAUCAUAAAAUAUGGAAGACUCUUUGUCAUUUCGAAAUUUUGCUCCAUAUACAAAGAUAAGUUUUACAAUCUAUGAAGAUUUGAAUGAAUUUAUAUAUCAAUUGAAUGAGCUAGAUUCAAAUCCAUAUUUAUAGUGCUUUAUUUCUAAUGAAAUAUAGUAAUCAACAUUUAAAACAUUCUAAACUUUAUCUCCAACACAGAAAAUAAAAAGAGGAAGUCUAUAAUCACUAAUCAAUACUUAAUUAAAUUGA